AUGCCUACCCGUUUCUCGAAGACAAGAAAGCACCGCGGACAUGUUUCCGCUGGUAAGGGACGUGUCGGCAAGCACAGAAAGCAUCCGGGUGGUCGUGGUAUGGCCGGUGGUCAACAUCACCACCGAACGAAUCUCGACAAGUACCAUCCCGGUUACUUCGGAAAGGUUGGUAUGAGGCACUUCCAUCUGCUUCGCAACCACGCCUGGGCGCCCACAAUCAACAUUGAGAAGAUCUGGUCUCUGGUUCCCCUUGAGGUCCGCGAUAAGUACGUCAGCGGCUCCAAGUCCGACUCGGCGCCUGUUAUCGACCUUCUGUCGCACGGCUACGCAAAGUUGCUCGGAAAGGGCCGUCUUCCCGAGAUCCCGAUCGUUGUCCGCGCCCGGUACGUGAGCUCGGAGGCGGAGCGCAAGAUCACCGAGGCCGGUGGUGUUAUUGAGCUGGUGGCUUGA